AUGGAUUAUAUUUUGCGAGUUGUUUUCCUUGACACAGAACGUCCUUGUCCUGCACUGGAGAAACUUAAUCGUCGAUUGGCCGAGGCUGAGGCUGAGCUUGAGGCAUGCAAAAAGCCUCCAGAAGACACAGGUCCACGAAUUGUUGGAGAUGGACUAAUUAUAGAUGAAUGGAAAGAAAGGAGGGAAAGGUACCUUGCUCGUCAGCAGGUUGAAGGGGUCGAUUCAGUCUGA